AUGAACGUCUCAUCGGAAGCCAUUGCUUUUCCUAUAAACCAUCAUCGUCAUAUGUUAAAUGGUACUCAUCCAUCGAUAUAUGCAAAUGGUUCUCCAAUUGCUGUUAACAACAAAAUACGAGCAAUUCAAGCACGAAGAUCUCGUAUUACUCUUCAAUCCUAUUAUGACUUUACUGAUAUUAGACCAAUAAAUCUUAGUAAUGCCGGUGCUACAACACAUUCCUCAACAAAUUUCUCAAAUCUUUCUGCGCAAAAAUUACUUGAAAGAAGUAAAGAUGUACGUCUCGGUCAUGUAUCCGCUCGUCACGAGUCACGUCCAUCUGUUUUAUCUUCCAUAUCGACUGCAAAUCAGCAAUCGCUAAUUUGGCCAAGCUAUAAUUCGCCAAAUGGAUUCACUAAACAGUCUCAAAUAAAUACUCCGACCAUGCCAACGCCAGUUCCCGUUUUACAGAAUAACAAAACAUCGACUCAUAAUAUGCCUGAUAUUCAUCAACGUUCGCAUCGUACACAAACACGAACAAGUCAUACAUUGACUGAACAACAAAAUGACACUUCAUUUCUUGCAUCACGACAUAAAUCUUUAUCGAAAACGAAAUCUUCGAUUCCGAAAGCAUAUUGUCGAAAAGUUUCCAAAGUCAAAUCUUCAUAUACAACACCAAAUAAUCAACCACUACAAGCGAUACAUAAAGAUGAUUUAAAACAGUCAAAGACAAAAAAGAAUGAAAAUGCCGUUCAUUUAUAUGAAAGUGAAGACGAAGAGGAAAAUAUUGUUGCUAUCGAUGCAGAAUUUGAAGAAUAUAUUCAAAAGUCAACCAUAAAAUGUGCCGAUUGGCUUUUGAAAUACGUUGUAGAUAAAGACUUCGACUACAGCGACGAAUAG